UUUGAAGCUUUGUUGUAUCAUCAUCAUCAUCUUCGUCUCCUUCGUCUGCUUGAUCAUCACCAUCUUCGCUCCUUUUUCAUCUUCUUCCUUUUCCUUGUUUUUCUCACUGCGAAUCCAUGUUGGCUCAUUUAUCAUCAAUGUUCAUUCACCAAUGGUGAGUGUGUAUCGAAAACCCAUAGAAAAAGAAACAACAGAAACAAAAAACUGUGGAAGAAAAAAAAUCAUCAUAAGAAAACAAGGAAUCAACAAUUAAAAUAAUUAAAUUUUCUUUUUCUUAUCAUGCAAGUAAAUAGAUCGAACAACGUUAAUCAAUUGUGUCUUGUUAAAUUAUCAACAAUCAAAUUAACCAAAACAACUAUUCUUCAUUCUUGACUUCAUCAUUCCUCAAUUGAUUACACAUAAAAUCUAAUUAAUUUAAUUGUGUGUCUCCCUGAUCAUCUUAACUGUUUCUCUCUAAUUAACCAAAUAUCAAACACUAUCUCUAUCUCUCUCCUUUGUUACAAUUAAGAGAAGAAAAUUAAAAUCAACAAACAACAACAACAACAUUAUCAUUAUCAUUACUUUAGUGUUACAAGAACAAUUAAAAUAAUUUCUUAAUUUAACAAGAAAUAACAAUUAAUCCAUAUUAACGGAAUCAAACAUGUCGGGUGAAAUUAAGGAAUACAGUCCAAUACCCACGGCGGAUAAUGUCGAAGAGGGAAUCAAAAACUCACCUGAUAAUGAACCUUUAAAUGCUAAAGGGUCAAACAAAAUGUCCGAUGAUAUUGUCUGCCUUAAACCUAAAAUGUCACUUCUCAAUGGGUGUACAGUUAUAGUUGGUAGUAUCAUCGGUUCGGGAAUAUUUGUCUCUCCCAAAGGUGUCCUAAAAUCAACUGGUUCCGUUGGUUUAUCGCUGGUGGUUUGGGCUUCAUGUGGAAUCUAUUCAUUAAUUGGUGCCUACUGUUUCGCUGAAUUGGGUUGCAUGAUAACCAAAAGUGGUGCUGAUUAUGCUUACAUUAUGGAAUCAUUUGGUUCUUUUAUGGGCUUCCUUCGUCUAUGGGUCGAAUGUAUCAUCGUGAGACCUUGUUCACAAGCGAUCGUAGCUCGAACCUUUGCCAUCUAUAUAUUAAAACCAGUAUUCCCCGAUUGUGAUCCACCGGAUGCAGCAACUAGUUACCUUGCUGUAGUUUGUAUUGGUCUACUUACAUUCGUUAAUUGUUGGGAUGUUAAAUGGUCCACACGAGUACAAGAUUUUUUCACCUACGGUAAACUAUUGGCAUUAGCAUUGAUCAUCGGAACGGGAAUAUAUCAAAUAUCACUUGGUCAUACAGAACAUUUCAACUUUGACAAUUCAGAGACCAAAAUAACGAAAAUAGCAGCAUCAUUCUAUUCGGGACUAUUUGCCUACAAUGGAUGGAAUUAUCUUAAUUUUGUCAUUGAAGAGCUUAAGGAGCCUCACAAGAAUCUUCCAAAAGCAAUUUACAUCUCAUGCAUUUUGGUUACUAUUGUUUACGUUCUGACUAUUAUCGCUUUUCAUUCAACUCUAUCCGUUGGUGAACUAUUGGCCUCUGAUGCUGUUGCUGUGACUUAUGCGGAGAAAGUAUGGGUUGGUUUAGCCUACACAAUUCCAAUUUUCGUAGCGAUGUCAACCUUUGGUGGAGUCAACGGGAUUCUCUUUACAUCUUCAAGGUUAUUCUAUUCAGGCGCUGAAUAUAAUCAAAUGCCUCAAUUAUUAUCCAUGAUUCAAAUUAAACACCAUACACCGGUUCCCGCUGUGAUAGCAAUGUGUUUACUUUCAUUGGUUUACCUUUUAUUUAAAGACAUUUACGCCCUAAUGGAUUAUGUUGGUUUCUCUACUUGGCUUGCAAUUGGAUUAGCUGUUGUUUGUGUUCCCUAUUUAAGGUGGAAGCGACCUGAUCUUGCUCGACCCAUCAAAGUCCCAUUAAUCUGGCCAUUGAUCUACAUUGCAGCAACCAUUUUCAUAAUAGUUGUACCAAUAAUUGAAGAUCCAGUAUCCACUGGUUUUGGUCUUAUCAUGAUUUUAUCGGGUGUACCUGUCUACUUGGUGUUCAUUGCCUGGAAAAAUAAACCAUUAUUUUUCCAGAAAUUCAUUUAUAAAAUAACAAUAACAUUACAGAAAUUGUUUGUUGUAGUUCCAUCGGAAAAAGCUCAAGAUAUGUGAUUAACUAAUUGGCCAGUUUUUUUUUCUUCUUCAUUUCUUCAUCUCCAAAUUAUACAACAAUUAAAUUGUUAACUACAAACUCUAUUCUUUACUGCCAAACAAAAUCAACAAAACCACCCGAUCAUCAAGCAACCACCAACAAGAAACUUUUGAUUGACUGAUUGAUUGACAUGUUUUAUUUAAUUUAUAUAAUUAUUAUUAUUAUUGAUUAUUGUUCAUGUGAUGAAGUGAUUUACAUGAUAUUUACAAAUGAAAAACGAAAAAAAUUAACUUAUUCUUCAAGGGAUUUUAACAAUAUAUAUAUAAAUUACUAUAUAUAUAUAUGAUUAGCUGAUUGUGUUUACAAAAUUCGUGAAGUAAAUCAGUGUUUUGGCUUUGGAUUUAUUUCUCAUGGAUUAUUAUUUUUUAUUUGAUUAGUUGUUGUAUCCAAGAUUGAACAAUAAUAACAAUAAUAAUAAUAAUGAAUAAUAGUGAUUAGAUGUGUAUUUUUUUCUUGUUCUGGUCAAAAACAAACAAAGGAAACGGAAACAAAUUGGAUUGAUACGAUGACCAGUAACAAUAAUAAUGACCAAUAAUUAUUAUUUCAAUGACAACGAGGGAUUGGAGUUAAAUCCAUGAAAAUUUAAUUUUUGUAAAGAUGAUGAGAAAAAAAGAAACAAAUGAAACUGUGAAGAAAAGGAAAAGGAUUGACUGGUUUAAUUGUUAAUUUAAUUGUAAACGAAAUUAAUUGUAACCAUUUAAAUUGUUACAUUCGUAAAAUAAGAGAGUACAGUCCAUGAACUAUUGUUUAAUUGGAGGGAAAAGUAGAGUUACUUUGUUAUCUUAAUUUUUUUUGCUAUCGUCACAUUAAUCUAAUUAAAAAAGUAUAUAAUCAACUUGUAA